AUGCCCAGCAACUUUGAAGCAGAGCUUAGACUGGUUAUUACAGGAAAUCAUGAUUUGGAGCUUGAUGAAGGAUGGUGCAAAGCACACCUCGAGGAAGACGAGGACUAUCUUGACGACCAUGCACGGGCCAUGGAGGUAAUGAAGGGGGAAUUAGCGAAAGAACCGGUUGUUACUUAUUUGGAGGAAGGAACGCACACUUUCAAUCUUAAAAGUGGUGCAACAUUUAAGAUAUAUGCUUCGCCAUACCAACACGAGUUUAACGAUUACACCUCUCCUUACAAACGUAACGAAGAUCGAUUCAAUGCAUCUGGGGAAACUGCAGAGGGCGUAACUUCCAUUGCUGAAAAUCCUAUCCCAGCUGAUGAAGAUGAGAUGAAGAGAGAGGAUGACCUGGUCAACAAGUAUCCGCAGGCUAUGGAUUUGCAUAUUGAGUCUGGCAAAGAAACUCUGAUGGUUAAUGCGGCGAUUCUGGAUGGAGAACAUCAGCCUACCAAUGCUCCCUGGAUCAUCAACUUGGACUUGCCUUCUUCAUAG